UGUAAGUGUACAGCGAAUACGCCACAUACGGUGGACUCGGUAGCUGCAUCGCAGUGCAAGCAGAUAAUCGGGCAGCGCUUCCGAACGAACAAUAUGAGCUACAUUCUUCUCUUGCUGGGAAUGUUGGCCAGUCGGCCAGGAUGCGUCUUCAACGGCUGUCCUUUCGGCGGUCGAAACCCUGUACAGCGUUUGCGUGCCGAAUUGGAGGCGAGCAUGGCCGAAAUUAUGAUGUUUGACAACGUCCUCAAUCUGUCCGCCCUCGAGGACCCCGCCCAGGUCCAGCCGGUACAGCCCCCGCCCGGGACAGUUAGGGUCCCGGUGGGAGAGAGGGCGACGUUCCAGUGCGAUGCUGACACGCCAGCAUCGGCGCAGCGCAUCGUCUGGCGCCACCACAACGCCACCAUCCACGGCGACGACGUGCCGGAUUCCCCCAAAGGUCACUUUUACCGGCAGAUGCCCAUCCGCGCCACCAGCAACCUGUUCAUCCACAACGUCGGUCGUGACUCCGGUGGAACGGUGGAGUGUUUCGAUCCCUGCAACGGCUCCCUGUGCCGCCUCCGCGAAUUCUACCUGCAGCCGGAGCUGCGGGCCCGUGACGUCUUCGUGCCGCCCAUGCGUGACGUGUCUACGUCGCGGUGGAGCUUCUCUAUGGCGUGCAGCGGGAGCGUCGACUGCAGCCAGACUCCGCCCGUGGCGCACUUUAUCUGGAAGUACGAGGACUACUUUGUAGCGGCGCCUUAUCCCGAUCUGCUCGGCUUUCAAGUCCCGGGUUUGCUCAACGCCUCCGUCACCUUCAACGUGUCGGCGCCCGGAGCUAUCGAUCCCGUCUGCUCCAGUACACUGGCCAUCAGCAUGAGAGAGGAGGCCGAGCCCCGGUCGGCGCAGGUGGACUGCUGGUUCCGCACCGAUGUCCGCCGUCGCGACUGGUUUACCCAAAAAGCAUACGUUCAUUUCACGUAGCCGUUGCAUGAGACGUAGACUGAGACGGUAGCACUCCGUUACAACUACAGCUUUACAGUUAAAAACUUUGCUGUACGUACAGCAAAUACCCGUAUACGGGUAUUUAAGCAUGAAUACAUGUUGCAUGACCGUAUUAGAAUAAAUUAUAUUGCCAGCCCACCGAUGAGAAUACGAGAAAAUUAUUAAUUUAUGUAUUGAUUUCCUAAGUUAAAAGCUAGCACUUGCUGAAGUCGUUGACGCUGAGGUCAAGCUGUUCAAGCCGCUGUCAAGAAACCCAGAGACGACGCCGAAGCUGUUCCUUACAAUGCGCAAUCACACUUUGUGACUAAUAUAUUAUAAAUAAUAGCGGAUGUCGUGAGUAAAGUCAUAGCAUU